AUGUUGCUAUCACAUAGUUCAAAACUAUGGAAGAUAAGACGCAUGCCGCUGUGUCGCCUUUAUAACUCGACUGCUUCAAAAAAUGCCCUGGCUGCCACACAAAAAGCGGCCGACAAUGAUGAGUACUGGGAGACACCACAAUAUCCAGAGAUUAAGGAUACCUCAUUUGCUGGCCGCAAGCAAGACGAGGCAAGGUCGUGGCAUGAGCAAAUCCAAAAGACACCCACAGUGGAAGAAAAGCUCAUAAAAAUAAAUAUGCCAAGGUACUAUGGCUAUAAAGUUGUGCAUAUGAACGAGGAACGUUUGCCCUACAACUGUUUGCCGGCCAUUCAGCACUACACACGCACCCACUUCGAACCAAUGGAGAAAGAACUGAAGGAAGAUGAGAAAUUGUCAACUUAUGUUAACAAAAUGAAGGAUCGUAUUGUGGAGACCCUAGAGUUUAGUUACGAUGUUUAUAGUCAUAAAGAGGAGGAUAACCCCGAAAUGGAUGAAAUCGAAAGAGAAAAACUAUUUACGCAAAUUGUCGUAGAACAAAUCCAUAGGGAAUUGGCUAAUGGUUUGGCUGGCGAUUUCCCACAUCUUCAUGAAGUGGAAGUUGAUUACAAUCCCAGGCAUGAGGCGUUUUGGGCCGUUGGAGGUAUUGAACCACCGAAAAAUGUUGUCAAAUCCAAAGAGGGAAGAGAAUGGCAAAAAGAUAACGCCAAGGAUCCCGUUGAUCGUUUUAUGCAGUACAAAAGUGAACCGAUACUGGCAUUGAGACACCAAUUACAAUUGCAACCAUGGAAAAGUGAGAGAGAAUAUAACAAUUUGACAUUGGCGAAAAGUGUACCCCGUUUUGAAUACGAUCCCAGGACCUUAGGAUACACAACAGGUCAUCAGCACGGCACAAAUAUUCCCGGUUACUGGCCAAAGAGUGCAAACAGUUUCGGUUUCAUUUCCUACCAAACAAGAGCUCCAUUCCUUCGACGGCCCAAAUCGUAUGGCAAAGAAGAUCAAUUGAAUGCCUUACAUGCUCAUGCCAUACAAUCGAGUUUUGCUUGGCUUUUGGCUCAAGCAAAUUACUAUGGUUUUAACACUUAUUCGGAACUUACCUACCCCAUGAACACCCAAACUAUUGUUACUAAUGGCAAACAAUGGUCCUUUUACGAGUAUCAAUUGAAUACAUUGCUAAUGCAUGGCAGUCAAAUUGAUGAAAAUCCACGUGUCAACAACAGCAGAGGCACACCCGAACUGUCAUUGUAUCAGGAAAUCGAUUCGAACGGCAAAGUUGUGGGAUUCAAUGAUCAAGUUCUAAAGCAUUUAAUUGCCUGCUACACCAAAACUCCUAAUGUCCGGAGAUCAAACGACGAACUCACCCCAUUUUUGGAUAAACAAUAUAAACGAAUUGCCGAUUACCCCGAUGCGGAGAAGAGAACCUUUUUGGAACAAAUAUUCAAACAUAUGUGUUCAAAUCGACCCAGACAUUUGCCAUUGCCCGAAAUCUACAUGUGGGAAAAGAUUUAUAAAAUUGAUAAUAAAACACGACCUUUGGAGGCGAAACGUCGAUUUUUCGAACUAGACAUUAAUCCAUGGAAACGCACUUUGGACCAAUACGAUAAGGAGUAUAUUCCAAAGGCGGAACGUCCCGAAGGUCCAAAGAGUAAAAAUAAAUUCAGGAAAACCUAUUAUCCUUGA